AGCUGCUUUCUUCUCUUCCGGAAGAGGCUUUAACUCUGUCUAUAGUUGACAUUUUGCUUUCCUAGCAUAAUCUUCUAAUUGUAUAAUGGGUUUCAUCCUCAGGCUCAGCUUUGACUCCACAGAGGAGCAGAAUUUGACCACAGUGACAACGUUCAUCCUCCUGGGCUUUACAGAGAAGCCUAAACUGGGCCCCAUUUUUUCUGCAAUCUUCUUUCUCUUGUAUGUGUUCACAGUAUUGGGCAAUGCUUGGAUGGUCACCUUGAUCAGAGUUGAACAGUGUCUACACACUCCUAUGUAUUUCUUCCUUAGUAACCUCUCUUUCUUGGACCUCUGUUAUUCCUCAGUCAUUGCACCCAAGGCACUGGAAGUCCAGAUGCAAUGGGGCAGGGCUUCAAUUUCCCUGACAGCUUGUGCCACACAGAUGUUCUGUUUCACCACACUGGUGACUGCAGAAUGUUUUCUUCUGGCAGCCAUGGCGUAUGAUCGCUUCUUGGCCAUCUGCCAUCCACUGACCUAUGCCUUGCUAAUGACCCAAGGGCGCUGCAUCUGGCUUGUACUAGGGGCUUAUAUCUGUGGUCUAGUGGGUUCUAUCAUCCAGACUAGUGGUGCUUUCCGGUUAUCCUACUGCGGCCCCAACCGGAUCAACCACUUCUUCUGCGACAUCCCUGCAAUCCUGAAGCUCUCCUGUUCGGACACCUUUCUUUCUGAGGCUAUUCUCUUUGCCUCCACUAGCAUAAUUGCUGUGGUAACCACAGCAAUUAUUAUCGUCUCCUAUAUGCAGGUUCUGUGGAAUGUGCUCAAAAGCCAUGCCAAUCAAGGGCGCCGAAAAGCCCUCUCCACCUGUACUUCCCACCUUACUACUCUGGGUCUCUUCUAUGGCACUGCCAUCUUCAUGUAUGCUCAGCCAAGGACCAAAGGGUCACAAGAUCAGGACAAGGUGGUCUCCCUUUUCUACACCCUGGUGAUCCCUAUGCUCAAUCCAUUAAUCUACAGCUUGAGGAACAAGGAUGUGAAGGAAGCCAUGAAGCACCUGAUGAGUAGGAGGGCAAUAGGUCUAUCCCUUAAGUAG